AUGUCUCGAAGCGAGAGCCCAGAACAGCCAGGAGUGCCAGGGGCAGUCUCACAACAGACAUCAACAGAGCGGACUCCUUUGCUAGAGAAGGCUGCUUCACCAGAACCGGGCCCUUCAGAAGAACGGCCCCCUUCACCAGAGCCGGGUCCUUCACAAGAGAGGCCGCCUUCACCACAACUGGCUCCUUUGCAAGAACGGCCUCCUUCGCCAGGACCGGGUUCUUCACAAGAACAGCCUCCUCCACAAGAACGACCUCCUACACCGCGGCCAGGGCCACCAGCCCCAGACACAGUCCCAGAGUUUGAAGCUGUGCGGCCCUCCCGGACAUGUGUUUGUAUCAGGUGGUGCGGCUGCUAUUCCCGACCCUCAGUCAGAGGGCCUCGAAAAAAGCGCCGUGGUUCUACAGACUUUGACAAAUAUUGGAAUGCGACGCUAAGGAUCUACAACGAAUCAGAAUGCGAACACACCCGAGAGCAAGGCUUCUAUGUAUUCACCUACUGGUUGGUCUGGGGCCUGGUGAUUGCUCAGCUAAUCAUCUCGGCAUUCAUCACCGGCUUCACUGCAUUCGCGCCGCCGCCCAGCCAACAUGCUCUGAGGUCGAUGGCGGACAAUCUAAGCCAAAUACCUAUUGCGGGCCUAGGAGGUGCCACGUUUAUAAUUACUAGUCUUUUGAGCCUGAUGAGAACAGAGCCGGAGAGAAGAUGGAGGAACUCCCAAGAGUACAGAAAGGUCAUUGACCUCAUCACUCAGACCUCGGAAACACUCGAGUACGUCGGUUGGGUCAAGGAUGUAAGAAUUCCAGACUCUACAGGGACAUACCAAGAGCCCACGCAGGCCAAUCAACAACCUCCACAGCCUACACAGCCUACACAUCGUAAGCACCGCUUUCGGCAUGUAGGGGGCCUUAUAGAGGACGCAUUUCUAGCGUACGAAGCUGCGAAGCGGAAUGUGGCUCUCAACAGACCUGGUGAUUUCGGUCUGAUACCUCCAAGGAGCCCCGUCAAUACUGUGGAAGUAUGA